GGACUGGCAGGAGGGGUGCGGAGGGGAUUCGAUCUGAAUAAUUGAGGAGCUAUCCAGCAGCCCGGCUGUCUCUCUCCUGCCUUCCUGGACCGCCUCGGGCACCCCCCCCCCCAUCCCCGCGGGGAGACGGCCACGCGCUGGCUGCGAGGAACUCCAGGCACCAGCCCGGCCAUCAUCGUCUCAGCCCCUCUGAUAUCCAUGCCCAAGGCAAGGCUGCUUUGGGUCCAUUUGGACCUUUCCUGAAAAGACAAGCUCUACUCAGUGAGUUCCAAGACCAUCCACUAAAUCUGCUAGAGCCCUCUUCCAUCAGCAGAUCUUCUGUGAAAGUCCAUUGCUAAAAUGAGUGGCUUCCUGGCCUCACUGGACCCCCGGAGGGUGCAAUGGGGGGCUGCCUGGUAUGCCAUGCACUCCCGGAUCCUGCGCACUAAACCAGUGGAAUCCAUGCUAGAGGGAACUGGGGCUACCUCAGCGCAUGGUACCAAACUGGCCCAGGUACUCACCACUGUGGACCUCAUCUCUCUUGGAGUUGGCAGCUGUGUGGGCACUGGCAUGUAUGUGGUGUCUGGCCUGGUGGCCAAAGAAAUGGCAGGACCUGGUGUCAUUGUGUCCUUCAUCAUUGCUGCUGUUGCAUCUAUAUUAUCAGGUGUGUGCUAUGCAGAGUUUGGAGUUCGAGUCCCCAAGACCACAGGAUCUGCCUACACCUACAGCUAUGUUACUGUAGGGGAAUUUGUGGCAUUUUUCAUUGGUUGGAACCUGAUACUGGAGUAUCUGAUUGGCACUGCAGCGGGCGCCAGUGCUCUGAGCAGCAUGUUUGACUCCCUGGCAAACCACACCAUCAGCCACUGGAUGGUGGACACCGUGGGAACUCUCAACGGCCUAGGGAAAGGCGAAGAAUCUUACCCGGACCUUCUGGCUUUGGUGAUUGCCAUCAUCGUGACCAUCAUCGUGGCUCUGGGAGUGAAGAAUUCCGUGGGCUUCAACAAUGUCCUCAAUGUGCUGAACCUGGCUGUGUGGGUGUUCAUCAUGAUCGCAGGCCUCUUCUUCAUCAACGGGAAAUACUGGGCUGAGGGCCAGUUCUUGCCUCAUGGCUGGUCAGGGGUGCUACAAGGAGCAGCCACAUGUUUCUAUGCUUUCAUCGGCUUUGACAUCAUCGCCACCACUGGAGAGGAAGCCAAGAACCCAAACACGUCCAUCCCUUAUGCUAUCACGGCCUCUCUGCUCAUCUGCCUGACAGCAUAUGUGUCUGUGAGCAUGAUCUUAACUCUGAUGGUUCCAUAUUACGCCAUCGACACGGAGUCCCCACUCAUGGAGAUGUUUGUGGCCCAUGGCUUCUAUGCUGCAAAAUUUGUCGUGGCCAUUGGGUCGGUUGCAGGACUCACAGUCAGCUUGCUGGGCUCCCUCUUCCCAAUGCCCAGGGUCAUUUAUGCCAUGGCUGGCGAUGGGCUCCUUUUCAGGUUCCUGGCUCAUGUGAGUUCCUACACAGAGACACCCGUGGUGGCAUGCAUCGUGUCAGGGUUCCUGGCAGCUCUCCUCUCAUUGCUGGUCAGCCUGAGGGACCUGAUAGAGAUGAUGUCCAUUGGGACAUUGCUCGCCUACACCUUGGUCUCUGUCUGUGUCUUACUCCUCCGAUACCAACCCGAGAGUGACAUUGAUGGGUUUGUCAAAUUCUUGUCUGAGGAGCACACCAAAAAGAAGGAAGGCAUUCUGGCUGACUGUGAAAAGGAAGCUUGUUCUCCCAUGAGUGAAGGGGAAGAGUUUUCCGGCCCUGCCACCAACACAUGUGGGGCCAAGAACCUGCCGUCCCUGGGAGACAAUGAGAUGCUCAUUGGGAAAUCAGACAAGUCCACCUAUAACGUCAACCACCCCAACUACGGCACCGUGGACAUGACCACAGGCAUAGAAGCCGAUGAGUCAGAAAACAUCUAUCUCAUCAAGCUGAAGAAGCUGAUUGGACCCCGUUACUACACCUUGAGAAUCCGGCUAGGCCUUCCAGGCAAAAUGGACCGACCCACAGUGGCGACAGGGCACACGGUGACCAUCUGCGUGCUCCUGCUCUUCAUCCUCAUGUUCAUCUUCUGCUCCUUCAUCAUCUUUGGCUCCGACUACAUCUCGGGGCAGAGCUGGUGGGCCGUCCUUCUGGUCGUUCUGAUGGUGCUGCUGAUUAGCGCCCUGGUGUUUGUGAUCCUGCAGCAGCCAGAGAACCCCAAGAAGUUGCCCUACAUGGCCCCCUGCCUCCCCUUUGUGCCUGCCUUUGCCAUGCUGGUGAACAUCUAUCUCAUGCUAAAGCUCUCCACCAUCACAUGGAUCCGGUUUGCGGUCUGGUGCUUUGUGGGUAUGCUCAUUUACUUUGGGUACGGCAUCUGGAACAGCACCCUGGAAAUCAGUGCCCGAGAAGAAGCCCUCCACCAAAGCACCUACCAGCGCUACGACGUGGAUGACCCCUUCUCGGUGGAGGAGGGCUUCUCCUACGCCACCGAGGGAGAGAGCCAGGAGGACUGGGGCGGGCCGGCCGAGGACAAAGGCUUCUAUUACCAACAGAUGUCAGAUGCGAAGGCAAACAGCCGGACGAGUAGCAAAGCGAAGAGCAAAAGCAAACACAAACAGAACUCAGAGGCCUUGAUCGCAAACGACGAGUUAGAUUACUCUCCAGAGUAAGAGCAAACACACAAGAGGGUGGAAAUGAUGGUUGAUUUUCAGUCACUUAACCGGUGGGCUAGAAGGCGAAAACUUUGGUUUUUGACUCUCAUUUCACAGAUCCAGCCUUCCCCAAAGUCAGCCCGCAGCCACAGCCUGUCAUUUGCUACUCUUGCUGUUCAGAAUGGUUUUAACCAGGGCUCCUAACUGCUCCCUUUGUUUUAAAAAAAAAAAAAAAAUGAGGAGGCUACACAAAAUUCUAUCUUAGUGAACCCUCAGAGCUAAUGGAGAAAGUGUAUUCUAUUUUCUAGUCUUUUAUCCAACUUGCUUUGCCAGUUGAAUCAUUCCGCUUCUUAGUGAGACCCCCAAGAAGCACAGGAUGGACCCGCCGAGAGCACAGUCCUUCCCAGGAUGUCCCGAGGCAGGGGGCGAUGUUUGCAAAGCUCAGUUCUCAGGAGAGGUCUUGCCUGCUGCCUCAGGUCAGGGAGCAAGUGAGUGUCAUUCCCUCCUCAAUCAGAAACAUCCUGUCCUGAAAUCUUACCCAUGCAAUCCCCUCCCCCUCUAAAAAAAAAAAAAAAAAAAAAAAAAGAAAGAAAUCAUGGAGGAGACACAGACUUCUUUUUACUAACCACAAUUCUCACAAUAUCCAACCUACAACCUUAGGAUCCAGCAAAAACCAGAGGACUCUGAGACCAUUUCCCCUGCAAAACAAUCAUUCAGACCCAAAAGUCUAAUAAGAUGGGCCAUCAAAGUUUUACUUUAAAAUGCCCGGGCGGGGAGGGGGGGGGACUUAAAUAACCAACUCUUAGAGUGGAAGCCAGAAAGGCAUUGGCAGAAAUGAACCCUCUGCCACACCUUCCCUUAGUCCAGAUCUAAGCUACUGCCCAUGCGAUGAAAGCAGGUACAGGUGAAACAUGAUUCCAUGCCACUGCUGUGUCCUGAAGAAGUAAGCUGUUUGUUUUAUACCCAGAUAAAAAUCUUUGCUAGGAGAAGUGACCCAACCAUUGAGAUCACGUUGCAAAUUCUACUUCAUAUUUCUAAAAUUAUAAAUCCUGAAGCUUUUUGAGAUUCCCCAACACUUGAAUGGACAAGAUCUCUCUUAAAACAAACCAAAAAAAAAAAAAAAAGUUGAAGUCCAGCUGCUGAGGUCAUUGCAUUCCAUGAGGUCACUUUCCCCUUCUGAACCUU